AUGACCAAGAGUAACUUAUCCAAGGACACCCUACUUAUUGUCUACAUCGCUAUUGAGGCCCUCAUAGCAGUGAUGGCCACCUUGGGAAAUGCUCUGGUCAUCUGGGUGGUGAGACUGAUCCCAGCCAGCCAGAAUACUACUUUUUACUUCAUUACGUCAUUGGCCCUGGCUGAUAUUGCUGUUGGGAUUCUUGUUAUUCCAUUGGCCAUUGUAGUGAGCGUGGGGAUUACAAUGCACUUCUAUGCUUGCCUCCUUGUCUGCAGCCUGUUGAUGGUUUUUUCUCAUGCAUCCAUCUUGUCCUUGAUGGCCAUAGCAAUCGAUCGGUAUCUCAGAGUAAAGUUUCCCACACAGUACAGGAUAAUUGUCACACGGAGGAGAAUCUGGAUCGCUCUAGGAACUUGCUGGUUCAUCUCUCUUCUGGUUGGUCUUAUGCCCAUGUUUGGAUGGAACCAAAGGAACCCCCAAAAUCCCAGCUACUUGGAAUGUUAUUACCAAAAUGUGAUGGACAUAAAUUAUGUGGUGUACUUCAGCUUCUUUUCCUGGAUCCUUGUUCCACUGCUGAUCAUGUGCAUCCUCUAUGCAAGGGUCUUCCACAUCAUCCAAACAAAGCUGAAGCAAAAUGCAACAUCCAUCAAAGGAUCAGGAAUAUUUUAUAGAAGGGAGUUUAGAACAGCCAAGUCUUUGGCCCUGGUCCUUUUUCUGUUCAUUAUGUGCUGGCUGCCUUUGUGCAUUCUGAACUCAGUCUCACAUUUCUGCCAAACAUGUAAAAUGCCCCAAGCAUUGUUAUAUGUAGCCAUUCUGCUCUCCCAUACCAAUUCAGCAUUGAACCCCAUUGUUUAUGCCCUCAGGAUCAACAAGUUCAGAAAAACUUACACCCUGAUUUUGAAAACUUACAUCUUGCAAAUGAAACGAGAACCAGAUGUUUCUGGUGCUGAGAAUAAUUCAACAGACCAGUUGUCAGAAGAUAAUCUCUGA